AUGGGACAAAAAGGAUGGAGAGAUGGAUUUGUUUCCCAAGGUUAUGAUACUUGGAAUAAAAAAGAUGCAUUUCGGACUCAUGUGGGUGGUGUUAAUAGUUUUCACAACAAAGAAAAAGAAAAGUGUGAGUUUUUGAUCAGGGAAAAGCAAGCUAUUAAUGUAGUCUUGAGGAGGCAAACCGAAGCGGAGGACCGCAAAUAUAAAGCCCGAUUACAUGUUUAUGUUAUUGUUGUUAGACUUUUAUUGAAAACCAGUUUACCAUUUUGUGGUCAUGAUGAGUUGGUUAACUCUGAAAAUAAAGGGCUUUACAUUGAAGUGUUAAAAGCCAUUCGAGAGGCUAGUGAAGAUAUUUUCAACAAUAUUUUAGAAAAUGCUCCUAAAAACAAUCAACUAAUUUCCCCUAAAAUUAAAAAAGAACUUGUGCAAUGUUUUGCACAAGAAGUAAUUUUGAGUAUUUGUGAAGAGAUUGGUCGAGAUGUCUUUGGUUUACUAGUUGAUGAAUCUAGUGAUGUUUCAAAAAAGGAACAAAUGGCUUUUGUUUUGUGUUAUGUCGAUAGUUUUGGCUUUGUGAAAGAAAGAUUCAUAGGACUAGUGCACGUGAAGGAUACAUCCUCUUUGAUACUCAAAAACGCCAUAAAUGAAGUACUUACGAGUAAUAAGCUGAGUUUUAGUCAGCAAGCAAUAUGUGAGAUCUCAAUGGUAAGUCUAGAAAGAUGUUUUUCAAAGAUGAAGCUCUUGAAGACUGACUUGCGUAACAAAAUUGGCGAUGACUUUUUGAACGAUGCAUUGCUUUGUAAUGUGGAGACCGAAGCACUUGCAAAAGUUGAGAAUGAAAAAGUAAUUGAGCAGUUUCAAAAGAUGUCUGCAUGA